UUCUGGCAGGAUCGCAAACAGCUCUUAGAGGGAAUGACGCAGGCAUUUCUUUUGCAGCGUUGGACUUUCGUUUUAUAAGGAAUUAUGACACUAAGCCGUGGCCCGUACAGCGAGCUCGAUAAAAUGAGCCUUUUUCAAGACCUCAAACUAAAGCGGCGCAAAAUUGAUUCAAGAUGCAGCAGUGAUGGGGAAUCUAUAGCAGACACCUCCACCUCGUCGCCGGAUCUGCUGGCGCCGAUGUCGCCCAAGCUGUGCGACAGCGGAACGGCGCCGCUCCAACUGCCGUUGCCGUUGCCGUUGCCAUUGCCCAUGGCGUUGCCGUUGCCGCUGCCCGCGCUGCCGGCAGUGACGGUGACGGUGACAACAGCAGCGGCAGCGGCAUCGACGUCGGGAGCAGCAGCAGCAGCCGCAACAGCAGCCACAACCACAGACACCAGCUCCGUGUCCACCACCAGCUCAGCUCAGCCAGCAACAUCCUCGUCGAGCUGUACGAGCAGCAGCAACAGCAACAACACCAUCACUAUAACCGCCACAGCAACAGCAAAGGCGGCAGCAGCAGCAGCAGCAGCCGCAGCAGCAGCAGCAGCAGCUUCGAGCAAUCAACAGACUGAAAUUCACUCAUCCAGCAAUGCGGUAACAGCGCCAGCAGCUUCCUCGAUUAUGUCGCCGCCACCAGCUGAGCUCAGCCUGAGCCAGCGCCUAGGCGAGCCCACAGGCAAUGGCGGCACUCCAAGUGGUGCGGGCUCGGGUUCGGGUUCGGGUGUGGGUGAGGCGCUCUCACUGGCGCUCAACUCACGCGGCACGCCCACUCCGCCACACAACAAUGGGGGCGUCAAUACGAGCAGCAGCAAUGGCAGCAGUCGCGCCUCGCCCGAUUCGCUGGAGGAGAAGCCCUCAACGACAACGGGACGCAGCGGCAGCAGCAACACGCCCAACGCCAACGGCUGCAACAGCAACAAAAUAAGCAACAGCAAUGGCAACAGCAGCGGCGGCUGCGGCGGCGGCGGCAAUCUGAGCGUCAUACGCUCCGUUAAAGAGGAGCGCAUACUGGCCUCGCCCACCAAGAUGCUCGCCUAUCAUCAGCAGCAGCAGCAGCAACAGCAGCAGCAGCAGCGCGAGCGGGAGCGGGAGCUGCGUGAGCGAGAGCGCGAGCGAGAGCUGAAAGCGGCGACAGCAGGACAUGUAACUGUGCUGGUGACACCCUCGCGCAUCAAAGCUGAGCCGCCGCCACCUUCGUCGCCCUCAUCGACAACACAAAGAGAUCGCGAGCGCGAACGCGAACGCGAACGCGAGCGCGAGCGCGAACAGUCGCUGGGCAGCUCGAGUUCGUCGAUCAGUUCAUCGCAGCAGCUCGGACGCGGCAGUCCGCCCAUGGGACAUCAUGCUGCGCAUAGCUAUGCGCAUCACUUAUCGCAUGGCCUGGGACCAGCGGCAAUUGUCCAGACGCAUCAUCUGCAUCAGCAAUUGACGCAGCCGCUGACGCUGCGCAAGAACAGUCCGCCCCAGGAGCAGCUGCAGUUGUCCAUGCAGCUAACACAGCAGCAAAUGCAUCUGCAUCACUUGCUCGGACAACAGCAGCAGCAGCAGCAGCAGCAACAACAACAGCAGCAGCUGCAGCAGCAACAGUCGCCGCAGCAUUUGCAGCAGCAUUCGCCACAUUCGCUUAUACGCGUUAAGAAGGAGCCCACUAGCUCCAGUGGGCAGCGUCAUCUAUCGCCGCAUCAUCAGCAACAGCAACACCAACAGCAGCAGCAGCAGCAUCAACAGCAGCAGCAGCAGCAACAGUCGCUGAUGCAUUCAGCUUCGCUGCAAUCUUUGCGUCAUCCAAGUCGCGAUGCUGCCAUUUUGUUUCGCGUCAAGAGCGAGGUGCAACAGCAGGUGGCAGCUGCGGCAGCCGCCUCGGGCGGACUGCAUCUGAUGCAGCCAUCGGCGGCAGCAGCGGCGGCAGCAGCAGCUCAGCGCAUGGUUUGCUUCAGCAAUGCGCGCAUCAAUGGGGUCAAGCCGGAGGUGAUCGGCGGACCGCUCUGCCCCUCGCCGCAUCCCUCGUCCUCGUCCUCAUCGUCACAGCUGUCGCCGCAGACGCCCUCGCAGACGCCGCCGCGUGGCACGCCCACUGUCAUCAUGGGCGAGUCCUGUGGUGUUCGCACCAUGGUCUGGGGCUAUGAGCCGCCGCCACCCCAAGCUGGACAGCAGCAACAGCAGCAGCAACAACAGCAGCAGCAGCAGCAGCAACAACACCAACAGCAGCAGCAGCAGCAACAACAGCAGCAGCAACACCAGCAGCAGCAGCAACAGCAGCAGCAUUGCCUGCAAACCGCUUCCUCACCCUCGACGGGCUCCAUUACGCCCACGCAUACGCCGGGUCCGCCACAGAACAAUGAGGAGGCAGCACAGCUGCUGCUCUCACUUGGCCAGACGCGCAUACAGGAUAUGCGACCACGCCCACAUCAGUUCCGCACGCCCCAUGCGCUGAACAUGGAACGACUCUGGGCCGGCGACUACUCCCAGCUGCCGCCUGGGCAGCUGCAAGCGCUCAACCUCAGCGCCCAGCAGCCCUGGGGCAGCUCCAACUCCAACUCAAGCGGCAGCGCGCGCUCCUUGGAGACGCCGCACGAGCCCACAGAUGAGGACGAUCAGCCGCUGGUCUGCAUGAUCUGCGAGGACAAGGCGACGGGUCUGCACUACGGCAUCAUCACCUGCGAAGGCUGCAAGGGCUUCUUCAAGCGCACGGUGCAGAACCGACGCGUCUACACCUGCGUGGCCGAUGGCACCUGCGAGAUAACCAAAGCACAGCGCAACCGUUGUCAGUAUUGUCGAUUUAAGAAAUGCAUUGAGCAGGGGAUGGUGCUGCAAGCCGUGCGGGAGGAUCGCAUGCCGGGCGGACGUAACAGCGGCGCCGUCUACAAUCUGUACAAGGUCAAGUACAAGAAGCACAAGAAGACCAACCAGAAGCAGCAGCAACAGCAGCAACAGCAGCAGCAGCAACAACAACAACAGCAGCAGCAGCAACACCAUCAACAGCAGCAGCAGCAGCAGCAACAAUUGCUGUCGCCCAUACAUCAUCACCAGCAUGGACAUCCAGCGCAGUUGUCGCCGCAUCAUUUACUUUCGCCACAGCAGCAGCAGCUAGCAGCGGCAGUGGCUGCUGCAGCACAGCAGCAACAUCAGCAGUCGAAGAUGCUAAACGCUCAAGAGCUGAAGCCCAUGUUCUUGGGGCCAGUCUUGAAGGCGGAGCAUCAUCAGCAGCAGCAGCAGCAACAGCAGCCCAUGCAUAGUCCAGCGCAGCAGCAACAUCAACAGCAGCAGCAAUCAUCACCGCAUCUAAGUUUGUCCUCCCCGCAUCAUGUGCCGUCGUCGGCAGCAGCUGCCCAACAGCAGCAGCAGCAGCACCAACAUCACAAUCACCACCAGCAACAACAGCAACAGCAGCAGCAGCAACAUGCAUCGCUGCCCGCUCAUCUGGUGAACGGCACCAUAUUGAAGACGGCGCUAACCAAUCCCAGCGAGAUUGUGCAUCUGCGUCAUCGUCUCGACUCGGCGGUGAGCAGCUCCAAGGAUCGGCAAAUCUCGUACGAGCAUGCGGUGUCCAUGAUCCAGACGCUGAUCGACUGCGAUGCCAUGGAGGACAUUGCGACGUUGCCGCACUUCAGCGAGUUCCUCGAGGACAAGUCCGAGAUCAGCGAGAAGCUCUGCAACAUUGGCGACUCCAUAGUGCACAAGCUCGUCUCGUGGACCAAGAAGCUGCCGUUCUAUCUGGAAAUCCCAGUCGAGAUCCACACCAAGCUGCUCACCGACAAAUGGCACGAGAUUCUCAUACUGACCACGGCCGCCUAUCAGGCGCUGCAUGGCAAGCGCUCCACGCCCAGCUCGGCCGCGACACAGAGCCCCGGCUCCGAUGGCAGCGGCUCCAACAGCAAUCGCCACGGCUCGCCGGCGCCGACGUCGACGCCCACGGGCGGCACCACGCUGACGCCGCAGACGCUCCAAAAGGACGAUCCGGAGUUUGUCAGCGAGGUGAACUCGCAUCUGAGCACACUGCAGACCUGCCUGACCACGCUGAUGGGCCAGCCCAUUGCCAUGGAGCAGCUGAAGCUCGACGUGGGCCACAUGGUCGACAAGAUGACCCAGAUCACAAUCAUGUUCCGCCGCAUCAAGCUCAAAAUGGAGGAAUACGUUUGCCUCAAGGUCUACAUACUGCUGAACAAAGCAGAAGUGGAACUGGAGAGCAUACAGGAGCGUUAUAUCCAAGUGCUGCGCUCCUAUCUGCAAAGCUCCUCGCCGCAGAAUCCCCAAGCGCGUCUCAGCGAGUUGCUCUCCCACAUACCCGAGAUCCAAGCUGCUGCCAGUUUGCUGCUCGAGAGCAAAAUGUUCUACGUGCCCUUCGUGCUGAACUCGGCGAGCAUAAGGUAGCAAAUGCUUGAGCACGGCCUGCUGCCCGCCAGCAAUCAUCCGCCGGCGCCCAAGCAACAACAACAGCAACCACAACAGCCACCACAGCAAGCACAACAAACACAGGAGCAACCAGCAGAGCAGCAGCAGCAGCAGCAACAGCAACCACAACAGACGACGCGACCAACGCCAGCGGCAGCAAAUCGACGCAGACCCAGGCCACAGCCACAGGCUCAGCCGCAAGUUUCUGUGCUGUUGGAUUUGCCCAAGAUCAAAAUUGAAAUAUCCGCACCCGAGCUGGAGCGACUAAAGGCACUGCCACAGCCUUUGCUAUUGCAAUUGCCGCCAGGCAUAACAACUGCCUGCUCCAGCACAUCGUCGUCGUCGUCAUCGUCAACGGCGUCAUCGGCGUCCACUUCGUCGUCUAUUUUAAAGAGUUCACUGCUGAGCGGUGCGGCGGCAACAUUGGCAACACUAACAGCAGCUGCCGAUCAAAUAGCGCGCACAUCAGCAGCAACUGAUGCCGCUCAGAGCAGCAGCAGCAGCAGCAACAGCAACAAACGCAGCAGCAGCAGCAGCUUAGAAGAGAGUAAAAGACUUGAUCAUCAACAACAACAACAGCAACAUCAACCACAACAACAACAGCAGCAACAACAGUAUACAUCAAUUCUACAGUCAGCCUUAAUGUCACAACGUCCAAUGGUAGCUGCCACAUCAUCAACAUCAACAGCAGCAGCAGCAGCAGCAGCAACAACAACAACAUCUUCAUCAUCAUCAACAACAGCAACAAGAACAACGAGGACGACGGCAUCACCGCCGCCAGCACAUGUGCUUAAGACGGCUGUGACUUUGGCCAGCCUAAGUGAAAUAGCAACUGCACAACAGCAGCAGCAGCAGCAGCUGCAACUGGCAUUGCAACAGCAACAACAACAGCAGCAGCAUAAGCUGCCCAGAAGAAUAAUUAGCUUAACAAACAAAAACACUGCCACAGCUCAAGGAGCAAUCUCAAUCACUGCCAAGCCCAUAUUGAAAGCUUUAGAGAUGAGACAACGCAACAGCAACGGCAACAGCAGCAACGGUCAGAGUCAAAGUCAAAUGGCAAACGGUAAGCAGAAAUACUUGUGAUAUAAACAGAAAGCACAAGUUGCUAAUCUACCGUACCAAUUGCCAGCAGCAGCAGCAACAGCAACUGCAACAACAGCAGCAGCAACAGCAACAGCGACUACAACAACACUGCCCAAAGGCAACUGUUGUCAUUUACAG